CACCAUAGGAAAAUCCAAGAACCAACCACUACGAAUACGAUGAUCGAUCCAUCAUCCAAGCUCAUCUUCCAAGGAUCACUCACCACCAACUACAACCCAGCAACAACCACAGCCACACCAGGAUCAGCCGAACAACUAUCAACACAGAGCAGCACUCGAAGGAAUAAAAACAACAACAACCAUCCAAGCUCACAGUACUCAGUCCUCUACCUCGACGGCCGGCUGGAGUGCUACCCUGGCGACCCAUUCUCAGUCGGCUCACCACACGAAGCAUCAAAACCGAUCCACAUCCUGCACCUCAACCCACUCGACAGGUGGUCUCUCAUCUCCAUCCCAAACAAGAACAACACCAACAACAACUACCCAUUCACACUCUCAAAACAACCUCCAAACAACUCACUCACCCAUCUCGGACUCGAUGUCGAAGCAAUGGGAGCACGAGCAGCUGACUCGGCAAACCUCAAAUCAAAAGACCGCAAAUCUCUCAAACAGAUCCUCGGCUCAUUCAGACCAAAACAGAGACCACUCAACAACACCAACACCAACACCAACAAGCUCAUCGACCUCAUCGACCCCCAUCCCGACCUACCUCCACUCCCCCAAGAUAACAACAACAACAACAACCCACCCCCCCAACUCAAAUCAAGAUCAUCCCAACUCAACAACUCCAAACUCACCUCCCCCUCAUCCACCCUAUCCCCUCACUCAUCAAUCCAUCUCCACCAGCAGCUACCCAACUCACUCACCUUCUCAACUCACUCCGAAAGCUCAAGAAAACAAUGGAUCACCGCCUUCCUCUCAGUCUUCCGUCUCAUGUCCGACCUCGAAUCAUCUUCAUCAUCAGCUUCAUCAUCAGCCAACCUCUCUCCAGACUAUCAUCAUCAACAACAACAACAACAGACUCCCAUCAGAUCAACACACUCUAACCCUUCCUUCAAUCAUCAACUACAGCAGCACCAGCAGCACCAGCAGCAGCAACAACAACAACAGCAACACACUAGUAGAAUCCCACUAGCACCCAUCUCAUCUCAACUACCCCAGUCAAACUCGCAAACCUCUGUCUCCACCUCCCAAAACAUCAACCUCUCUCCAGUCGAUCUCUUCAGUAAUCCCAGUCCCACUCACUCUCAUCCGGAACCUCAACUAGCUCACUCUGCAUCGACCAGCAAGAACCCUCAUCAACAGCAAUCCUCACCCUCAUCCAUCCCCAUCAACAACAAUCAUCUACCCGAAAACUCGCCCCCGAAGAUGGCCGUAGCUGUCCCUGCUUGGAUCAAGGCUGUCCGUAAUGCAGACCAACUCAAACAGGAACAACAAGAUCAUUCAUCCUCAUUUGAUGGCCACUCCCCUCAACAGACUGACUCAAUCACCCAAUCGUUUCUACCACAACGCUUGGUCAGCAAACAAAACUCGACUGAUUACUAUCCUAGUCGGGAGGGAUCAAUCGACCAUUACCAUCAACAACAGCAACACCAGCUAUCAUCAUCUCUCAUGUCACACUCAUUCUCAGCCCCAGCCCCGAUAUGUUCCAAUCAAAGUCUGGAUUCAGGAGCAGCUCGGAUCGGAUAUCCAGGCUCAAAACCGGCCAUGGCAGCCUCCAUCAAAUCCUUUGGAUCCUCGAUGGUCCAGAACUUAAAACGAGCAGGCUCAUUGACCGAAUGGCCAGAAUAUGCCAACUCGGGGCCUUCGAUUCUUCAACGGAUGCGCGAAAGUAGCGAUGGGAUCAACGACAGUCCUCGCCCAUUAUCUCCCGGUGGACCAUCGAGCGAGACAACAAACGACUCGAAACGGACCUGGCUAUUUAACGUCGUCAAGAAGAAGAGCAGUCUUGAGAAUCAUCAUCAUAAACCAUUCAAUCAACCUUCGCCUACAACAGCCUCGACUUCAGCCCCUCGUUCCAACAGUCGAACCGCUGCCCGAUACGGGAUUUAUAUGCUCAAAGGACUCUCCUCUACUUCCUCAAUCUCCUCUUCCUCCCAUCAUUUCCCUCCCUCCUCGCGUGAAACUGACUCCUUGUAUCAUCAUCAUCCGUCGCUCGAUCAAGUUGAACAAGACGACCUUCUUUCUCACCACCAAUCAGCCGACCAAACCACAUUCCCCCAACUCCCUCAACCUCUCACCUCUACUUCGACUACAACCAACUCAAAUACAACCACAAACACCACGAUGACCAAUACUACUUCUAAAUCUUCUACCUCUGUCAAACGUCCUCAAACUGCCCAAACUAAGAAAGCCUUCUCGGAUUGGUUGACGACGACGUCUUCUCAAGCUGCCCUUCGUCUCCGGCAAUCCUCCAGUGACUUUAGCCAAAACCCUACCUCUGCAAACCAUCAUCAGAAGAGUCGCUCGGUGACGUCGACUCGAUGGGCCAGCCUCUUCCCCUCUGGCUCAUCAUUCCAAACUCGACCCUUCCUUACUCAAGCCUAAUCAUCAUCAUCAACAACAACAACAAC